AUGGGCACCGCCUACGCAAAAGUACACCUGUUAUACACCAUCCCUCCGGCGUUGUUCUUGUGGCGAUUCUUCCGUCGUUUACGCUCCGCACGCGAUGUUUUCUUGACGACAUUCCUCGUCACGGUCGCGAUAGUAGCGACGACGCCGUGGGACUCGUACCUCAUACACACGAACGUGUGGACCUAUCCACCUGACGCGGUACUCGGCCCCAAGCUGUUCGACAUCCCAGCCGAGGAGGUCUUCUUCUUCUUCAUCCAGACGUAUAUCACGUCGCAAAUAUAUCUGCUCGCUUCGAAACCGGUCCUCCAUCCCGUGUACCUGCGACGGCGCAGCAGCUCUUCGCAGCUCGCAGAAGUGGUCGGUGGCGGAAUUCUAGUUGCACUUUGCGCGAUUGGUUUCUACCUCCAGACCAUCGGCAGAGAAUACACGUACCUCUCUUUAAUCCUGUCCUGGGCGUGCCCGUUCCUGCUCUUCCUCUGGACUAUGGCAUCGUCGCACAUGGUGGCGCUUCCAUUGACCAGUACGCUCAUGCCGAUAGCGGUACCGACCCUCUAUCUUUGGCUCGUGGACACUCUCGCGUUGCACCGAGGGACUUGGGCGAUCGUGGACGGUACAAAGACAGGGCUUUUCCUGUGGCCACAUCUCGAGCUCGAGGAAGCACUCUUCUUCCUCGUGACCAACUCCAUGAUAGUUCUCGGGCUCGUCGCAGGCGAUAAAGCCUUCGCCGUAUGCGAUACUCUCGAUUGGGAUGCCGGCGCAUCGUUCCGCACGGUUCCGCUCCUCGUACGGGCGCUCUUCGCUCCUUUGGAUCAGGAGCGACUAAAGGCCAUCGAUAUCGCGCACGAGACGCUUGCAACGAAGGAGCACGGGAAGAGUUUCCUGGCGGCGAGCAUGCUCUUCCCUGGUCCGCAGCGUAUCGACCUACUGCAGCUCUACGCGCUUUGUCGGAUUUGCGACAACCUGAUUGACGACGCUCCGGACACGCAUGCUGCUGCACUCGCACUGGGGGGCAUCAGGGCGUUAUUGGCCGGGCGGAGUGACGAGAAGGCAUCGCGAAGCGAAGGCGAUGCUACCGUCUCGGCGUAUGAACUGGCACCGGAAGCGCAGGAAGCAUUGCGCACACUGCGUGCCGCGCUCAAGGACAAGGUGCCGCAAGUGUACAUCGACCAGCUUCUGGCAGGCUUCGAAACCGACCUGACAUUCUCCGCACGCGCAUCUUCACCGAAUAGUUCAGUCUCUUCCAUGUCCGAAGAUGGCACCAGUCUCAAGUCAGGCCCUCUUGGAGACGAAGAACGCUAUCCGAUCCGCACGAACGCCGACCUCCUGCUCUACUCUCAGCGCGUGGCCGGUGCUGUCGCCGCGAUGUGCGUCUGCCUCCUCUGGUCUGGCGUCCCACUGGACGACUCCCCCGCAGGGUUUGUUGAUGACGAGGACCUAGCCAUCCACGGACACCCAAACAAGCGAGGAGACAGUGUAUUAUAUCACGCCCAGCGCGUAGGGCGCGCGCUGCAGCUCGUCAACAUCGCCCGCGACAUUCGCAUCGACGCCCGUGAUGGCGCGCGUUGCUACAUCCCAGCGUCCUUCCUCGCGCUUCCCGAGCACAGCACAACGCCGGCUCGACUCGUGAUGUACCUCCGCGCGCGUAUGGCUUCAUCCGAGAGCAUCACCGUCGACGAGAAGCUGGAGAAGACGGUGCGAGACGCGCAGAUUUGGCUGGUGGACAGGGCUCGAGCCAUGUACGCAGACAGCGGAUUUGCUAUCGCAAGGAUGCCGAAGGAUACGAAGGGGGGGCUGCGAGCCGCCGUGGAGCAAUAUCUAGCGCUCGGCGACGAACUGCUCAGGCCUGACGGUGAGGGUGUGAUGCGCGUACGCGUGCCUAUGCGGCGAAGGAUUGGGGUCGCAUGGCAAGCCGCGGGGAAGGCUUGA